AUGGACCCCAUCUCUAUAACAAGCCUGAUCAUAGAUGUUAGCCAAAUCAUCACCAGUCUGAUCAACUAUGCCAAAGCUGUACAGGGUGCCAAGGCCGACAUGCGCAAGCUGAGCGAGGAGCUGUUUGCUCUCAAGGGCAUUCUAGAGCAUAUCUCCACCGGUAUAGGUGAUAAUACACCAAAGUCCAAAGUAUAUCCAGAGGAGGAGACACCAGGUCCAUUCGACCGGGACUUAAUGGCGCGCGUCUUGUUUACGGCGAACGAGUUCCUUCAGUCUCUUCUUCAGGAGCUAGAGGAGCCUGCCACCAAGUUCAAAAAGCUAAAACAGAAACUGGAAUGGCCAUUCUCGCAAGACCAAGUCAAUGCUCACCUUGUCCGACUCGAGAGGGUGAAAUCAUGGUUGAUCUUGGUAAUUACAGCCGAUACUGCUUCAGUCGAACGAGACCUGCAUCAAGAGAUCACUAGCCUGGCAAGAAAUCUCAAGGAUGACUUGCGGCUUCGAGAUCAAGAAAGAGUCCAAAGGGCCAAUGAGGCGCUUUUCAAGUGGAUUGCUCCUGUCAGUCCGGCUGAUUCCCACCUACGAGCAUCCAACGGACACCGCAUAGGAACCGGAAGAUGGUUCAUCGACUCGCAUUUAAAAGUAUGGCUGGAAAAUCCGUUGGAUAAGAGGAUUCUCUUCCUUGUGGGGAUAACGCUGAUUGUCAACUCAAUAGCUGGCACAGGAAAGACGACACUUUUUGCCCAAACCGUUGAUGAGCUGACGUCCAUGGUUUCGCGUGAUCCAAAUCUAUGCUUUGCCUAUUUCUACUGCACAAUCAGCAACACUGCCUCCCAGGCUGCAGUCAACAUACUGGGCUCCCUUGUGGCACAACUGUCCGUUUCAAAUCCUGCCAUACUGGGCAAUAUUCGAUCACUUUACCAGAAAACCCCGGAGACCCAAACGCAUCGACUCCCUAUCAACAUCUCUGCCCUUGAAGAUGCAAUCAUCAAACACUCUUCCGAACACUCCCAAGCUGUUAUCAUUGUUGAUGCCCUUAAUGAAAGCUCCGAAACAGAGCUUAUUGAAAGCUCUCUAUUGAAACUCGCGCGGCUGUCUCCGAAUAUUCGUAUCCUUGUCACAACAACAUCCACGAGAGCUUCUUCCAAAGAGGUCAAAUUUUUGAAUAUCAAGGCCCAGACCAUGAGAGAUGAUAUCAAGACCUUUAUACAGUACCGUCUGGAGCACGAUAAGACAUUACGGAAUUUAACUCCAGGAUUGCAAGCUGAGAUUGCAGAAACUUUGCUCAAAAAUGCGGACGGAUCAUUCCGAUGGGUUCAACUCUCACUGGAUAAUUUUUGUUCUAAAAGAACCGCCCGCGCGAUCCAAGCAGGCCUUUCCAAUCUCCCAGGAACCCUCAGGGAGAUUUAUGCCACUACAUUGGAACGUAUUGAUCCAGAGGACACACCUUUCGUUCGAGAAGCUCUCUUUUGGGUUAGUUUUGCAAAGGAGCCCUUGAAUCUGAGAAGUCUCAAUGAAGCUGUGGUUCUCACGGAGACGAGUACGGCCUUAGAUGAAGACAUGAUGCUUGUUCCCCAGGAUAUUCUUCUAGAAAUCUGUCAAGGGCUCAUUGCUGUGGACCAAGUGGGGCACGUCAAUCUCGCACAUUCGUCUGUUAGAGAGUUCUUAACUUCUGAGUGGAUCCAUUCCUCUAGAGUGAGCCACUUUGCCUUGGACGCUGCAACUGCCGACACAACGAUCAUGCGAAAGUGUCUUACAUAUCUCUGUCUCGAUAAUUUCAAGGCUGGGUAUAGCAAAUUCAUAAAGCGACAGAUCUUCCAAUCUUUCCUAUACUACGCGGCUUACUUCUGGCCCAUCCAUGGCUCUUCUUGUGAGUUUGGGGAGUCUGAGCGGCAGCUAGUCAACCGGUUCUUUGCUACAAGGAACCUUCCGCGUCGAGGGAACUACGGCGUCUGGAUCCAAGCUUUGAUUCCAGGAGUGGAUACUUCAAUCAUUGAAAGCACGGAGCCACUUUACUAUGCCGCCUCCUUUGGAAUGGCCUCGGUCGUCAAAGCUAUUCUAGCAUCUGAUCCCGAUAUGGAUAUCAAUGGUCGUGGUGGCCGUGUUGGAGCCACCCCUUUGUUUGCUGCUUGUUGGCGCCAUAAUUACGAGGUGGCGGAGAUUCUUCUGAAAGCUGGUGCGGAUCCGAAGAUUGCGGAUCCAGGUACUGGUAUCAAUGUACUCAGAUUGGCUAGGAUGCCUAAUUUCCUUGCCAUUCGAGAGAUUUUGAAUCGUUGCAAUGUGGGGGUGAAAUCCGGAGAUAAGUAA